AUGAGAAAUGUACCUGUAUGGGUUUGGGGAGAAAAUUAAUUGUUUUAUAGGCUUUGUAAAAUACAAAAAUGUCAGAUAUAACCGAACAGUUUUCAUCAGUCUUUUCAAACUGGAUAAUUUUAAGUUUUAGAAGCUUUUCUAAUAGUAACUUAAUAUUUGUGCGGUAGGUGAGGUUAAUAUUUGGGUGUGAUACGCCAACUUAUUUAUGGUGGGUAGAAACCUGACUGUUGAGUUGAACUGGUAACUCUGAGGGGAUGUUCGUUACUUUAGUUAUUAAUAGUUGAAGAACCUUUGCGUUUGUGAGUGUGGUAAUGAAGAUUUGACGUAUUUAGACAGCACUGUUUUUAUAUAUCAGGAAAAACUUGCACAAAUACUGUAAAAAAACAUGACAUCAAUUCUUCCAGUUACUCCUCCUGUUGUCAAACGACUUCUCGGAUGGAAAAAGGGAGAAGGUGAAGACAAAUGGAGUGAAAAAGCAGUAAAAAGUUUGGUAAAAAAACUUAAGAAAACUGGAGGAUUGGAUGAACUUGAAAAAUCCAUUACAACUCAGGAUUCAAAGACCAAAUGUAUUACAAUUCCAAGAUCACUAGAUGGCCGACUACAGGUAUCGCACCGUAAAGGACUGCCUCAUGUGAUCUACUGUCGAUUGUGGCGCUGGUCAGAUCUCCAGAGUCACCAUGAACUCCAGGCUGUUGAGAAUUGUGAAUAUGCUUUCAAUUUGAAGAGGGACGAAGUGUGUGUUAAUCCGUAUCAUUACCAGCGCAUUGAAAGUCCAGCACUGCCUGCAAUAUUGGUGCCACGACAGACAGGAGACAUUCCUGUUGAUCUUCCUUCUCUGGAUGAUUACACCAACUCGGUCCCAGAUAAUACUGAUUUCCCUACUGGUUUAGAGAAUCAGACCUUCCCUCUUACAGAAACCCCUCCCCCUGGCUACAUGAGUGAAGAGGGAGAUAAUCAGGAACAAAAUGGAACUGACAGCAUGGAUUCAAGCAUUUUGUCAUCACCAAGCCCUCCUCUUGACGUUCAGCCAGUUACAUACACUGAACCAGCAUUCUGGUGCUCUAUCUCAUACUACGAGCUCAACACUCGUGUUGGAGAGACUUUCCAUGCUUCGCAACCUUCUCUGACUGUGGAUGGGUUUACUGAUCCCUCAAGCUCGGAACGAUUUUGUUUGGGGUUGUUAUCCAAUGUCAACAGGAAUCCUGUGGUGGAACAAACAAGAAGACACAUCGGCCGAGGAGUUCGCCUGUACUAUAUUGGAGGAGAAGUGUUUGCAGAGUGCCUGAGUGACAGCAGCAUCUUUGUUCAAAGUCCUAACUGUAACCAGAGAUAUGGUUGGCACCCAGCAACUGUCUGUAAAAUUCCACCUGGAUGCAAUUUGAAGAUUUUCAACAACCAGGAGUUUGCAGCACUACUGGCACAGUCAGUGAGCCAAGGAUUUGAGGCUGUUUAUCAACUUACUAGGAUGUGCACAAUUCGCAUGAGUUUUGUGAAGGGUUGGGGAGCAGAGUAUCGGCGACAGACUGUUACUUCCACACCUUGCUGGAUUGAGCUGCAUCUGAAUGGCCCUUUACAGUGGUUGGAUCGAGUUUUAACUCAGAUGGGCUCACCUCGUAUACCAUGUAGCUCAAUGUCUUAAAUGCCUUUGCUGGAUUUAGAACAAAAUAAAAGAAUGAUACAAUACUCGGUGAAUAAAAACCUGCUUCUGCGAGUCUGCUGAAGUAUUGCUUUGCUGUGUAAGCUUUUUGCUCCUUAUGUGUGUGUGUGUUUUAUGUGGAUAUGUAUGCUUAUAUUUGUAGGCAGCAGCACAUACAUUUUGAAUAAGAUAGCUCGGGAAUAAAAAUGACCUGAAUGUUUAUAAAUUACCUGGAUCCUGGUAUCAUAUGCAUUAUAAAGAUCCAAUUUUUUCUACGAAAUACAUAAAUUCUAGUUCUCCAUAAACCUUUUAGUUCUGGGUUUCUUUUAAACCAUCUUGUUCCUUUCCUUUAUAAACAUUUUAGAUAUCACAUUUUUGCAUAAGCCAUGUACAGUGGGAUUUAUUUGUAACAGAAAUCAACUGUCUGUUUACAUAAUGGUAGCUGAAGCUAAUAUGGCUUAAUACAAUUUACAUGGCUGUACGUUUUAUUUGUUAUCUCAACUAAGAUUCCAGCAAACAUCACAGGUUAAAGUGCUGAUGCUACCUUACUAUCAUGCUGAAAUUUUGUACCAGUAAGUGAGACUUGUUUGGCCUGGACCUACAGUAUUGAAACUUGUAGAUUGGUAGGAGAAAAAUUUUUUCUACCAUUGUAUUGAUUUUUUUUUUUUUUUUCACAGCUUUCAUCAAGUGUGAAGUAGAAUUUUCAAGUUUCAUUAUUGCUUCUUUUGAAUAAUAGCAUGUUAGGCAUAAGGAUUUAUUGUUAUAUAUUCUUUAAGAGCUUUAAUGUGCAAUCUCCAUUUUCUUAAAACAUUUCAUGCUCUUGGUGGCAUUUUGGGAGAACUUGUGCUUAGAAACUGAAUGAGGAAAAAGGAACGGUCAAUUUUCUGAGAGACAUGAAGACUUCCUUGUUGUGAAUAGUAAUCUGAGCUAUGAAUGGUCUGAAAAUGAAGCAAGAUCUUGGCAAGUUGAAAGUUUAGCUGGCAUUAUUUUUAAAUGUUUUCAUCACUGCUGUUAUGAUAUAGUGUGUAUUGUUCUGCUGAUCAUGUCAUGUGAUUGCUAACAUAAAAUAACCAUGAUUAUCCAAUUGAGAAGAAUAUUUCUCGUCUAUUAUUACGUAGUUAGUUGGCAAUAGUCUGUUUAUACGUAAUAUUGAAGUAGUUAGGCCUACCUGUUUGCUGAAUUCUUAAUGCUAAGAGUUUAAAAUAUUGGAUGUUAAACCUAAUAUUCAUACUGAUGCUUUAAAAUUGUAAUUGCUUAGAUAUGUACAUCUGUAUAAACUUUAAAAUUGGCUGUUAUAAUACCUAAUGGCUGUACGUAUUGAUGAAACACAGUUCAUUUGAUAUAUAAUGCAUUUUUGUUUAGGUUCAAAUUAACACACGCAGAAGGAAUAGUUGAAUAUCAUCUCAUAUGAUGUGAUAUAUUUUUAUCUUAACUAUCCAUAUACAGAAAAAUAUCUGUGUCUUGGAACCUUUGCAUUAAUCUGUUGAGGAUCUUGCACCUGGGGACUUUAUUGCAUAAGGUGCACUUUAUAAGGUGUCACAUGUGACUCUUUCAGUAACUUUAGUAUGCAUCAUUUACAAAAUGUUUAAGUGAUGAAGUUAUAUUUGCCACGAUUGCUAAUAUCAAAGUAAAGUCAUCAUGUUGCUAAGCGAUUCAGAUGUUGUUGUUUUUUUUUCUUUAAUAAGUUAGUGAAAGAGUGGAAAUAAAGUACAAUUGGUGUAGUAAUAGUUUCAUAAGAUAAAAGAUGGUCUUCAGGGGGUAGAUAGGCCCUCCAAGAUACUGGACAUUUCCAGGUGGGCUAUGGCAAGUCAGGGCUUCGGGCCAGGAAUGGUUAUGUGAACAUAGUCCUUUACUUUUUCCCAGGCCUUCAUCACAGAACCUAUCCACCUCUAAUGGUAUUUGGCUGGAAUAUUAAUGAAUGGUUUAUACAUUUAUAAGAAGAAACAAAAAUUGGAUACGAAGAAAACUUUUAAUUUUUAACACUGCUGCUAAAUACAGGUGUUGGCAUUUUCUUAAAGUUUAUGUAUGAGAGGGUUUGAAUUUUUACCAAACUUACAAACAAAAAAAAACAUUUUUAAAUUAAAAAAAUGUGAUGUUAUUAUAAUUUAUGAUAUUUAAAAUGGUUUUGAACAAAUGAUAACUAUAUUAAAAGUACAUUAUGUAAAAAUGAUUCAUUAUUGAAGUGUGUGUAAUCAUGAUAUUUACUUGUUCCUGUUGAAAAUUGUAUUCUGAAAUUAUCGUGCAUUUUAUUAAGAAUUAGACAUAAUUGUUAAGCAAAAUUCUUCCAGUUAUGUAUAAGUGUUUGAAAUUUAUAUUUAACGUAUGGCUAUAUUUUUAGAGUUGGUUGUGUGUGACUGAAAUACAUUGACGUAUUGUUGCCUUGAAGAAGUUAGAUGAAGAAUCUGGAAGUUUACAUGUAAAUACGUAAAAUUAUUUUUAAUGGAUUUAUUGGUGUGAUCUUGUUGAAGUUUUAUCAAAUCCAUUUUUUUUCUUCUGCAAAAGCUCUAUAACAGUAGUGUUGAGUUGAGUGUAUAUUUUUGAUUGCUAAUAAAUAUUAGUAAAGUAGUAGCAGUCUUACGGAGGUUUUGUAAACCAUACUUGAAAAUAAUGCAGGGUUUUUCUUUUUAAAAAAAGUAUAAUAACUAAAAAUGUAUAAACUGCCUUUUUAAAAUGCUGAUAUGAAGUUUUUUUACAGGAUAUAUUCCAUCUGUUGAAAGUGUUCAUUCAAUAAGUAAAAACUAUGAUAAUCUUUUUGUUUUUUAACAAUUAGUUUACUGGCUAUUCCAGUAUUUUAUUUUUUUGUUUGAAACAAAAAAUGUCAAAUUCCCCUUGUUUAAACACGUUAUGUAACUGCUUAAGCAUUAACGAAUGUUUUUAUUUCUACAUCGUACUUUGUGUCUUGCUGUUCCAAUUGUACAGUACAUUACCUGAAUAAUAUAGGAACUAAGUUAAUUUUAUGUCUAGCUUUAUAACCAUCAGGAUCAUUUGUUUAAUUUUAAAUGUAAAGAAAAAAUUGAGUGGUACUGAAAGUUUUUUUUUUUAAGUUUAUUGUCAUAGCUGAAAUGGCUUUACAAAAUUGUUAACAAGAAAAAAAAUCAAAUGAUCUUACUAGUGUUUUUGGGUCAAAGUCUUUCUUUGGUUAAUCCAUAAAUGUUGUUAAUACACACUGAAUGGGUAAGCAAAUUGAAGCACAUUAGUAGAACAGAUUUGUUUAACUUCAUGUAAAUUAUUAUUAAUUCAUAUUGGAGUUUAUGUGGUACCUGUAAUUGUGGAAAUAAAGCAAGUGAGUUACAUAAAAUAGAUAAACUUUGUUGAAAAUUAGCCAAGUAUGAUACUCUUACAUUAAUAAAAUUUUCAUUAACCAUAAACCUUUUGGAAUAAGUCGUCCAAAACUGAUACAAUAAACUUGUUUGAACUUAACUUCAUCCACCUUAAUAAUAUCUUGUCUAGUAAAACUUAUUAACUGAUUUUUGUCAUUUGUUCAUAUCAUUAUGACAACAUAGUAUGUUCAACAUCAGAGGUCUGCAUACUCUUAAAAAUGUCAUUUUAUAUGUAAUUAUUUCCUUCUUUAAAUUGUUUAGUUGUUAGAAUAAGCCUUUUCAGUACCAGAGAACUGGAAUUAAUUAUAGAUUAAACGCAUGGUCGAAGUUAGUUUUAGUUGUUCUUUCUGUCCAGUACCAGAGGUCCAGAAAUACUUACAUUUGUACUUUAGAUAGACCAAAGUUAUAGAAACAUUGGGAUAAACUGUACAGUGUGUGUAAUAUCAGUGAUACAAAAGUAAUGAGGAUUUUAUUCUGGUUAUGUCAAUGAAGGCAUUGGGAUCAGCUGUACAUUAUGUCUAGUACCAUUUUACUCUGUGUCCCAGUAUUAUUUUAAGAUCAGUAUAUGUAAUUUUCAUAAACAGAGUAGAUGAGAAUUGUAACCAGUAUCAGAAAUGUGGAAGCAAAACCAGAUGUCACUCAGGAUCCCACUGAUUCUUCAUGAUCUGUUUUUGUCUAGUGUUAGACUUCAUUGAUGGAACAACUCCAACUGUUCUAAGUUUUGGAAUGUCAGUUACUGAAGUGAGUAAAGAGAGGGUCAAGUUACUCAUUUAGUCUUUAAAGCUUUUAAUGCUUAACUAAUUACCUAGCUUUUAACUUCAUCAAGACCAGAAAUAUUGAGUUUCAUACUAGACUUGAUAUAAAUAUAUUUUAAGAACAGAAGACCCUAAAUUAUCACACAGAUUCUUACUUAAAGUUGAUCUACUGUAUGUGCUGAAUCUUGUGGAACAAGUGAUAACUUAAAAAAAUUGUUAUAUCAAAAUAAUGUAAGAUUAAAAUAAAGAUUUUUCAGUGAUGUGAAA